UUUUUUUCCGGUAAAUUCCAAAAAAAAAAAAACCGUAGUGUUCCUUCCGGAUUCACGUAUACAGCGCUGCAGCAUUCAGUACACGACAUGUCACGGAAUCGCAUCACAGCUGGUCCAAAAUCCGUCGUUUGUCAAGAAACAGACUUAAGGGGCGAAAUAUCCAUCGGCUCUAUUUUGCAUCCUCAGUGUCGUGUUAUAGCGGAGAAUGGACCCAUUUAUAUCGGUCGAAAUAAUAUCAUUGAAGAAAACGUCAUCAUUUUCAACAACCAUUCAACGCCGCUGAUUAUCGAUAUCGAAGGCUCGCCCAUAGGCAAUAAUAACAUUGUGGAAGCCCGGGCACGUGUCAUCGGAAACACGACCGUAGGCAACCAUUGUGUGAUUGGGGCAGGCUGCUCAACCGACGCCAACGAGAAAAUCGUCGACUACACUGUCAUUUACGGUGGGCAAUCGAAAAGGCGCACACAAAGUGAAGUUUUGCCAGCCCAGGCAUCGUUGCAUGCCCGUCACUUGGAAUAUCUGAGAGAAGUUUUACCAAAAUACAAUCAUCUGAAGAAACUCGAUACCAUGUAAUAUACACUAUCUAAUGAAGAAAAAAUGCAUA